UGGGGAGGUACAUUUAGUAGAGGCAGGUCCAAACCCCUCCCCCUGCCUCAAAGCUGUGCAAGGUGUCCCAUCAUAGGUAGUGGCCUCCAAAAAGCCAGCUCAUGCACCAGGGAUGAAUUCUGAUCCUACUGCCAGAGGGCACCUUAAGCAGAUCAUGCUACACAACUGUCUCACUAUGCAGAGGUCAGCCUGCUUUCUUACAGAACCCAGGAUCACUAAGCUAUGGAUGGCACCAUCCACAAUGGGCAGAGCCCUCCCACAUCAACCACUAAUUAAGAAAGUGCUCUAUAGGCUUGCCUACAGUCCAGUCCUAUGGAGGCAUUUUCUCAAUCGAAGUUCCCUCCAUCCGUAUGACUCUAGAUUGUGUCAAGUUGACAUACAACUAGCCAGCCCAAAGUCAUUCCAUCCCCAUGUGUUAAUGCUAUAGUCCGAUUUUAUGAUGGCAACCCUUAGUUUUAUCCUCGAGUCUUAUCCAGCUAAAUUGUGAUCUCACAAUAGACAAGACCUCAUGUUCUAGAAAGCAAAAUUGCCAAAAGAAAGGUUUAUUAGAGGUGUCAAUUAAAAAGCAAGUAUGUUUCUGCACAUUAAAUUUCUCAUUUUCCUUUCAAUAGAAGUAAAUCCACACAAUUUUAUUCAUUGUUCUAAGAAAGACAGAGAGAGAAUGCAGCCUCUUAACAUGGGCACAAUAGCUAGUUAAUUAGCAUGAGACAUCCUUUCCCAUGGAUUUCCUUAGCAAUGGGGAGAUGAUCAGAGGUUUCUCCUUUCUUUCUCUACAGGAGCUUCUGAUCUCUGUGUGAUUGCUGUAAUUUAUCUUGUCAGUAAGAGCAGUAUGUUUAUACUACACAAUGGGGUGAAAAUCUAAGAUUACAACUGAAAUCACACCCCUGCACUGGACACUCACAUAACUGGAGUAUUCAGUUCAAAGAAAUGAAGAAUUGAGAAUCAUUUUGGUGAAUGGAUUCCAAUAUAUAGAAUAAGAAUAAGCUGGAGAUUUGACCUGUUUUGAAGAAACAUACAGUCCAUUUGUCUAAUCGAUAACAACAAAACCUAAAAAAUGAAUUCAACACUCUUCUCUCAAGUUGAAAAUCACUCAUUUCACUAUAACAUCUCAGAGAAUUCUCCACUUCUGGCUUUUGAAAAUGAUGAUUGCCACCUGCCCUUGGCUGUGAUAUUUACUUUGGCUCUUGCUUACGGAGCUGUGAUUAUUCUUGGGGUCUCUGGAAACCUGGCAUUGAUCAUAAUCAUCCUGAAACAGAAAGAGAUGAGAAAUGUCACCAACAUCCUCAUCGUAAACCUUUCCUUCUCAGACUUGCUGGUGGCCAUCAUGUGUCUCCCCUUCACUUUUGUGUACACGCUGAUGGACCACUGGGUCUUCGGUGAGACCAUGUGCAAACUGAAUCCCUUUGUCCAAUGUGUCUCCAUCACGGUAUCCAUUUUCUCUCUGGUUCUCAUCGCUGUGGAGCGGCAUCAGCUGAUCAUCAACCCAAGAGGGUGGAGACCAAGCAACAGACACGCUUACAUCGGCAUUGGUGUCAUUUGGGUUCUUGCUGUGGCUUCUUCUCUGCCCUUCCUGAUCUACCAAGUUCUGACCGAUGAACCCUUCCAAAAUGUAACACUUGCUGCCUUCAAGGACAAGUACGUGUGCUUUGACAGAUUCCCGUCAGACUCUCACAGGCUGUCGUACACGACCCUCCUUCUGGUGCUACAGUACUUCGGCCCACUCUGCUUCAUAUUUAUAUGCUACUUCAAGAUUUACAUUCGCUUGAAAAGGAGAAACAACAUGAUGGACAAGAUGAGGGACAGCAAGUACAGGUCCAGCGAGACCAAACGCAUCAACGUCAUGCUGCUCUCCAUCGUGGUGGCCUUUGCAGUCUGCUGGCUGCCCCUUACCAUCUUCAACACUGUGUUCGACUGGAACCACCAGAUCAUUGCCACCUGCAACCACAAUCUGCUGUUCCUGCUCUGCCACCUCACGGCCAUGAUCUCCACCUGUGUCAACCCUAUCUUUUAUGGGUUCCUGAACAAAAACUUCCAGAGAGACUUGCAGUUCUUCUUCAACUUCUGUGAUUUCCGGUCUCGAGACGAUGACUAUGAGACCAUAGCCAUGUCUACCAUGCAUACAGAUGUGUCUAAGACUUCUUUGAAGCAGGCAAGCCCCGUUGCAUUUAAAAAAAUCAAUAUGGAUGACAAUGAAAAAAUCUGAAGCCGCUCAGAACAUAUGGUCCCAGGCUACAUCCGUGGAAAAGCAAGCACAACCUGCCACAUGCUUUCGUUACCUGUGCUCCCAGGGAAUGGAGUGAAAUGGCUUUGGAAAGUCCAGGACAUUCUGGGUUGCAUUUGACUGCUUUUGUUAUGGUUGCCACGAUUACUUGGCAUCAACAUGAGUGGACUUUGUAGCCUUCUGGCAACAGUUUUGACUAGAUUUCCUUGGCAUGUAUGUGUGUGCAUUUGUGUCCGUGUCUGUCUCUGUCUGUUUGUGUGCAUGUGUGUGAAAUUAUGCAUAUGACAUAAAGAUUCUUAUAUUUACUAGAGUAAAUUUCUCUGAAAUAUUAUCAUGAGCUCGCUUCAAAAGCUGUAGCCACCUGAUAUUCUCAAGAUUUGGGGGCCUUCAAGAUUAGAUGAGAUUUCCAAGGCCCUGGACUAUCUUCGUUCCAUGCUAGGCAUCAUUUUAGUCUGUUACAAGGAUGACAGUAUACAAGUCACCUUUUAGAAUGUGCCAGAACCAGAAGAGACUCUGAAGUCAUUCGAUGGCAUUUCUCUCUCUCUUCUCUGUCUCUUUUCUGAGAGGACUGGAUUUGUCACUCCUAAUCGAGUAUCACUUAAGAUAAAGAUAUGUAAAGAACACGUUUUCAGCUGCGACUGCCACUGGGAAUUAGGCAACCCACAUGAAUGAAGUGGCAAAGCAGUUCCCUGAUUUCAAAACCUUUCUGACAACCAAAGCAUUUCAGGGUAAUUAGCUUAAUAAGUAAAUUAGUCUUGCUGCAGAUACUUCAAUUGUAUCCACAGGACUUGAUAGUCGAGAGGUUUUGCAUCGUUCCUAAGAGUGUUCAGCACUGUCAAGAUUUCUGGCACAAACAUGUGACUCUGAGAGCAUUUCCAGCUCACACUGCACAGAAACAUAGUAUGCAUUUUCCAUGCAGCAGUGCCUACAUAGUAACUAGUACUUAACUCUUUUUAACUGUUUAUCUUUCAUGGCAGAGGACACAUGGACAAUGUUAAAUGGAUGUUCACCACAGCUAGCAGGUAUCUAUUCAUACCCAUCCGUACCUAACACUUUCACACAGCCAGCCCAUCCUAGCUUGUAUAAACUGUGUGACAUGCGGAGUUUUAUAAUCAUAUACUAUUAUAUUAAAGAAUAGAGUAGCCAUGUCAUAUUAACAUACUUACUUUCACGUAUCCUGUAAUCAUGAUUCAGCCUCAGAAAAGAUAUUUUGAAGAACAAGACAGUUUCAAUGUAUUAUACAAAAUGUUGAGUGUAUUUGGUUUUAGAAGGGCAAACACUUUCUGUAUUAAAAUUGUUGGGGCUUUUUCAGAA